UUUACAAAAAGUUACGAAUAUAUGGCAAUUGUUACUCACUGGUUUGUAUUCACACGGAAUGAAUUUAUACCUAAGUAGCCUACACCUACUAUGCUCAUUCAUUGUCAGUCACAUAUUGAAAGGUGCUGCAUGAACAUAUUAAUUAAUCCUGUUUCAUGAAACACGUCUCAUAGCAAAUAUGCGAUGUCACAUUUAAAUAGGCUAACAUUUCUAACAUUUUCCUCGGGAUGAGUAAAGUAUCUAUCUCUAUUUAUCUAUCUAGGCUAUUUGUACACAAAACUAUGGAUUCAUGAAUAGAUGUAUCCAAUUGCGCCAAGAAAUAGGUUGUGUGCCUCUGAUGUGCAAAACGUCACCAGCCAAACCUUGACCGAAAACAUGCAGUCGAGACUCGAGACCACAGAAUCAAAUUGCAUGAAGCAUUCGCUGCAGCCUUAAGGACACCAUUUUAGGUAAUGUGGCGUGCUGCAUUGAUGUGCAAGCAUUGAUGCACUAUUUCUUUUUAGGAGUUUAGUUUACGGGAGGAGAGGUUAUAUUUUUAGAUAAUAUUAUAUGAAUCCAAACCCAUGGCAAACAUUAAACACCACGGGUUGCCUUUUUAAGUCAUCCUAAUAUUAUUACAUUUGCAGAAAACUGAGCUGCACUGUAUUUAUACAAUGGAUAGCCUUUCCCCACAGAUAGUAUAAUUCGGAUUGCCUCAUUUGGACGUAUCAUGGGUCACUAGCACCCAACAGAGAAGUAUAAACGGUUAAGACAGUCACUAUAAUUUGAGCAGACUAUUUCAAACGUACAAUUGUUUGCCUCUACUCUAUAAAUGUUAUAAUGUUAUUUUUUGUUUACACUCACAGAUUGGCGUAGGCCUAUGUUUGUCAAAUAUCCAUUUAGUUGAAAAGCCCAGACAACUUAGGCGUAAUAUUUUUUAAUCACAAAACAUCAAAAUCAGGCAACAAAAUGUCAAUCAGGGCCUAUUGUCUACAACUAGUUUAUAUGGAUGAAAGAACUUGUCACGCAAUGCGGAAUAGAUGGAUUGGGGAGUCAAAUUGUCAAAUUAACUAGGUAAAUUGCAUUCGCAGUCUGAUGAAGACAAGGUAAAGAGUGACAUUAACGUUACCUAACAAUAUGACAAAAUUAUCAUAUUUAAAACAAUUGAGCUAGCCUAAAAUAAGGCUUACGACAUCUGGUAAAUGGGUGUGGUUAUGAUGAUAUAAUCUAGUAUAGGCCUAAUUGUAAACAACAAGCCAGACAAAAUGGGUUACAUGUUUUAAAUCAGUUAUCUAUAGGCUACUAAUCGUUCAGAUACAUGUCCAUUGUAAUAUUUUAUAGAUGGCACAAAUCUGAUAAAUUAAAGGAUAAAAAAGUUAAAAUUACAAGGAAGAAACCAAACAAACCGAGACGCAAAGGAAAACUGUUCCUAGGUUCCUAGGUAAGUGUCACGAUUGGCAUGAACAAUGGAAAAUAUUUCACGAAUAUUACCUAUUAAUUAUUGUUUAUUAUCAAAAGCUUUUGAGAAAAGAAUGUAGUUGUACACUGCACUACAAACACUACAGUCGUUUUUGGAAUAUUUGCGGGCAUGAUGUAGGCUAUGCUAUGACGUUAAGGCAGAUGCAUUUCACAUGAACCCAUACGCUGUACCUGCGUUGUAGGCUACCCUUUAUAGAAUUUAGUAAACAUAUUCGUGCAUUAGGUGCGUCAUGAUAUGGUAAGAGUGCUUAAUUCAUAAAAGUAGGCUACACUUUCAGGAAAGGCUACUUGUGAAAUAAUGUAUUUUCCUGGAUUUAAAAACAGUCUAAAUAAAUAGGAAAAUCUUUCAACUCAACUAAUUCAUGUUAACAAUAACUAUCGUAAGUAUCUAGACUGAUAGUCUGCUUACGGGCUGAACGAACCUAUUUCAUGCAUCUAGCCUAAGUUAAAGCCUAGUCGAGGUUACGGCUGCAGUCAAUAAUACUCAUAAUAAUAGCCUAAUAAUAAGCAUAAUCAUAAUAAUAAUAAUAGAUGAAACCCCAACAAUAUGAAUGAGACUAAUGUAAAUUGAUUUAAAUGUGUACGUGUGUAUAUGUGUGUGUUGCUUUAGAGGAAAGAUUUUGAGGAAAAAAGCCUGACCUCAUGUGGCCGCCUGGAUACUGGGCCUAACGCUGACAAUGACAGCAGACAUGCACUGAUUUGGACAAUGCCGAAUGUCAAUAUCAUAUCCUCGAGUUGUAGACCAAGAACUCAGCACCUGUUAUCUGCCUGCUGUUGUGGGCAGACACAUUUUUCAAUUGUAGGCCUGUCUGACACUUAAAAAGACACUUAAUAAAGAGACUUAAUCGUUGAAAAGUAUUGUAGUUUACCCGUAUUGUGGCUGUUUGCACGUGAUACUUACCAUUAAUAAUCUCAAAGCCUACUCACACAUCUUUAUGAACGAGUUUAGCCGAGCUGUUUCUUCCGAAUUUGUCUGUGAACGAGAAAUGUCUACGAAAUCGGCCAAAUCAGAUCUUCUGAAUCAAGCACACCAUGCACUACAGAUUACGAGUCCCACGAUGAUAUAAACUUGUUGUUUGCAUACCACAUGCAAAGACUAAACCGGACAGCAACUCAGCCUAGGCUACCUUAUGUCAGUUAUAGGACCAAACAAGCAAAUAUGACGGUAAAACAAUAUAACCAAAUGUAUAGGCCUACUUGUAGCCUAGGCUACUUAUAAUUUAUGUUUCAGUGAGUAUUCAAUCUACACAGUAAAAUAAAUUCUGGAUCGUGUCUUAUUAGACAUGCAGAAACUAUUAGGGAUUUCUUCUAGGCUAAGAAUAAUUAUGCCUGCAUUUACAUUAUACAUUUACGCAAGCACUUUUACAAUUUACAAUUUGUUUGGCGAUGAUAAUGUGAAAAAGAUUGUGCCCAUAUUGGUCUCUAUUUCCCCUUGUCUGCAAGUUGGUUUAUUCUCCAUCACUGUUUGAUGGGACUUUUUUCACAAGCCUCGUGUUGGUUUUAUGCUAUACUGGGAACUCAACCACAGUUUUAUUAACGACACGUUUAUGAACAAUCAAAUGGUCCUCGUAAAAAUUUAUUGAAGGACAUAAAAACAUGCACGGCCACUUGCCGAAUGUAGCUAGAUACGUCUUUGAGGAUGUAGGUAUUCCCACCUCCCCGGUUUUAAAAAACAUCGUUUUACAAGGGAUGUCCUGCUUGUGUUUAUUUGUGACUCAUGGAAACUAUAAUUCCAGUGUGUUAAAGACGCACUGCAACUCAACAGACCAGACUUUGGGGGUUUGUGAAAGCACAGGAAUUGUCCACAUUUAGGGGGAAAUCAGACACACUAUAAAUGUCAAUCAGGGACAAAAACAAUUCCUUUGGAGUCAAAUAGUGGAUUUUACUAUCGAAAGCGGUGUUACUGAAGUAUCCUACUGGCGCACACAGUGCUUCCCACAGAUGUAGGGACAGACUCGACAAAGAUUAAUUACAUAAAAAAAUAGUGCCAUUGCUAGAUCUUAACGUACCUCGUAGAGCGACGCGGCUUCAUAAAAAUCUUUUGAAUAAGAAUAGCUAGACCAAAGGAUUGGAGUUAUACUUUUAUCCUGGCGUCCCUUUGAGAGAAAUCUUAAAACCACCACACUGUUAUCACGAAGUGCAUUGCUAUCCCAGGACAAGUCGCGCAUUGAUCCACUGUGCAUUUUUUUGUGGGGGUAAAUAUAAUCACGUGUUGCAGAGUCAGCCAAUAGACGAUGAAGACGGUUUGAGAAAUAAUUACCUGCUUGAUUGUUCUAUGGGUAGAUAAAAAAGUACACAUAGCCUACAGUCCAUAUAAUAAUCGGAUGCAUGUAAAAGAGAGGAGACGGAUAAUGUCGACCACGGGUCCCAUAACUAAUUAUUAUGUGGAUUCUUUGAUAAACCAUGAAAACGAUGAUGUAUUGUCGACUCGCUUUUCCUCUGCUGGUCCGCUUUCCUCCGGUCCCCGUUCGACAACUCUGGUGCCUGAGUGUGGAGACUACCCUUCCUGCAGCUUUGCCCCGAAACCAACCGUCUUCACUACCUCCUGGGCCCCUGUUCACUCCCAGUCUUCAGUGGUGUACCACCCAUACACUCACCAACCUCAUUUGGGAACGGACUCGAGAUAUGUACGAUCAUGGCUAGAACCAAUUCCUGGUGCCGUAUCCUUUUCUGGCUAUCCAGCUAACGGUCGGCAUUAUGGUUUGAAGCCCGACGCCUUUCAAGAGCAUAGAACCGGAGACUGUUUGUCCGCCAACGGACGCACCUAUACGGAUUAUCUGUACUGCUCCCCGGCAGACAUCCGAGAGAAAACGCAGCCGCACAACCCAUCGCCUGAGACUGAGAUUCUUUCUUCCGGAAAAGAAAAAGACGAGAAACCAGAAUUAGACCCGAAUAACCCUGUGGCCAAUUGGAUCCAUGCGCGAUCGACGAGGAAAAAAAGAUGCCCAUACUCCAAAUAUCAAACAUUGGAACUAGAAAAAGAAUUUCUCUUCAAUAUGUAUCUUACCAGAGACCGACGCUACGAAGUUGCCAGAGUCCUUAAUCUAACCGAAAGACAGGUUAAAAUUUGGUUUCAGAAUCGACGGAUGAAGAUGAAAAAAAUGAACAAAGAGAAAACAGACAACAAAGGACAGUCAUAAAAACUGUGAAACAAACAACCCCACCAGAGUGCACAGUCUCACCAAACACACACACACACACCAAGAGGAACUGUGGCCAAGAAAUGUCUUAUGCAGUAAACAGUUGUAUUCAUUCCUGUGACCUGUGAAACGGACUCCUUUAGUAUAUUUUAUUGUUUAUGUCUUUUUGGAGCAAGAAUUUGGCGCGAUUUAAUUACAGAGGUGAAAUAUUGCUUGCUUAUGCUAGAGGAAACCCUUUUAGUCAUGGAUUCAUGAAACCUAAAACAGGCCUAAGGAUACAGGCCGGUGGAAAAGCUGCCUCGAAGUAAAAGCAAGAAAAUACUUGAACUGCCGUGUCUUUUUCAUUUAGUAAUUUAUGAACUUCUCAAGACACUAUUUCUUCUCGUUAUGUUUGGGUGUUUGUGAAUAAGUGAGAUAUUUUGUACAGAAAAAUAUAAUGUCUUUCGUCCAAAUACCCUAUGUGCUAAUGUCUUCGUGGUGUUGUAGAUUUUCGAUGUACCCAGUCGUGUAUUUUCAAUAGUUCUGUUUACGUUUGUUUUCUUUCUCCAUUGCUCUGUUCAAAUAUAUGGUCAACAUCCAAA